UUCCCAGGUCCUCUGCACUUCCAGAGGGUCGCACUGCCAACGCGUGUCUCCACCGACUCCCGGCGUGGCCGCUUGCGCGUGCGCGCGCGCUGGUCCUGGGGCCCGGUCCCCCUGUGACCGGCACUUGGUACUGGCGGGCGGUUGGCAUCCUCCGUAGCUAUAGCUGGGGGCGGGCUUUUCAAAUUUCUUUGAGGAGAGUGGCGACGGCUGCGACCGUUGGCGCUGGAGAUGGAGGGGCAGACGCAGUGGGAGCGCGAGCUCGGCCAGGCGGGGCUUUCGGCCCAGCAGAUCCACUUAACUCACACUGUCUUGAGAUCUUCCUCAGCAAGGAAGGACUGCAGCAUUCAAGAGAAAAUAGAUUUAGAAAUUCGAAUUCGAGAAGGAAUAUGGAAACUCCUUUCCCUGAGCACUCAGAAGGACCAAAUUUUACAUGCAGUUAAGAAUCUCAUGGUGUGCAAUGCUCGAAUAAAGGCUUACACAUCCAAGCUACAGAAAUUAGAAGAGCAGAUUGCAAAUCAAACUGGACAAUGUGAUAUGAAUUUUGAAAAUAAAGAACGAACAGCAUGUAAAGGAAAGAUUGCCAUAUCAGAUAUUCGAAUACCGCUAAUGUGGAAAGACUCUGAUCACUUCAGCAAUAAAGAACGAUCAGAGCGCUAUGCCAUUUUUUGUUUAUUCAGAAUGGGAGCUGAAGUUUUCGAUACUGACAUGCUGAUUGUGGAUAAAACAAUUACAGAUAUAUGUUUUGAAAAUGUAACAAUAUUUAAUGAAGCGGGGCCAGACUUUAAAAUAAAGGUGGAAGUGUAUAGUUGUUGUACAGAAGAAUCUUCCAUAGCCAACACAUCAAAAAAGCUAGCUAAGAAACUGAAGAUAUCUAUAAGUAAAGCUACAGGAAAGAAAAUAAACUCAGUGCUUCAAGAUGAGAAUCCUGAAACAUGCUUAUUCUUCAGUUCUAUUGUUUCUGGUGCAAAGUACCAUUUGCUAGCUCAUACUACCCUAACCUUGGAAAGUGCUGAGGAUAGCUUCAAGACUCAUAAUCUGUUUAUUAAUGGAAAUGAGGAGUCUUCAUUUUGGCUUCCCUUGUAUGGCAACAUGUGCUGCCGAUUAGUUGCUCAGCCAGCUUGUAUGGCUGAGGAUGCAUUUGCAGGAUUUCUUAAUCAGCAGCAAAUGAUAGAAGGUUUAACUGUUUGGAGAAGGCUGUAUUGUGUUUUGAGAGGGGGUAAACUCUAUUGCUUUUAUAGUCCAGAAGAAAUUGAAGCUAAAGUGGAACCAACCUUGAUAGUGCCCAUUCAUAAGGAAACCAGAAUUCGGGCAAUGGAAAAAGAUGCCAAAAAAAGAAUCCAUAAUUUCUCUGUCAUUAACCCUCUUGCUGGACAAGCUACAACUCAUAUUUUUGCAGUUGACAGUAAAGCAGAUCUUCAGCAGUGGAUGGAAGCUUUCUGGCAACAUUUCUUUGAUCUUAGCCAAUGGAAGCACUGUUGUGAAGAACUUAUGAAAAUUGAGAUCAUGUCACCACGGAAACCACCUUUGUUUUUGACAAAAGAGGCAACCUCAGUCUACCAUGAUAUGAGCAUUGAUUCACCUGUGAAACUUGAAAGUUUAACUGACAUAAUACAAAAAAAAAUUGAAGAAACAAAUGGACAGUUCAUUAUUGGUCAGGAUGAAGAGGUCUCACCACCUCCUUGGGCCUCAAUAUUUGAUGGUAAUCAUAAAAUGGUUAUCCAGAAAAAGGUAUUGUCCCCUGCAAGCGAGCAAUUACAUGACGGGAAAAGGAAAAAGAGACGAGCUCCCCUUCCUCCUCCUGAUAAACUUCCAUUCAGCUUAAAAGCACAGACCAACACAGAUCAGUUGGUUGAGGACAACUGGGGAAAGGCAAGUACAUUGCAGUCCUUGCCUUUGGAUACCAGACUAUCAACCCUGAUGCAUCACUUACAGAAACCAAUUGCUGCUCCUCGAAAACUUCUUCCUGCCAGGAAAAACAGUUUAACUGAUGGUGAGCACACAGACACUAAAACCAAUUUUGAAGCUAAGCCAGCGCCAGCUCCAAGGCAGAAAUCCAUCAAAGACAUUUUGGACCCUAGAUCAUGGUUGCAGGCACAAGUAUAGAAAACCCUUACUGUAUAAAACAUUGAAGAGAAUGUAACUGUGAGGCUUAAUUGAUAGGCAUUGUUAAUGUAGUAAUGUUAUAUAAUUUUAUAGGUAAAUAUAGUAGUGAUUUACAUAAAUAAUAAGCUAUUAGGUAUAGAAACAUUUUUUAUGGUGAAGAAAUAGAUUUUUCUUUUAUUUCUGAUUUUCAGAAUGUAAGUGAUUUCCCCAUAGAGUAUAAGAGGCAGUUUCUAGACAAUAUCCUAAUUGUUGGAAGGGUUAAUUUAUUCCUAAAUUAGUACCAAGCAGUGAAUAAGCACUAGGCAGAAGAAAGCAUUAACAUUUCUUUUGGGGAGAGACUGUCUAGUAAUUUAAAAUGUGUUAAAUAUGAGCCAUAUUCUCAUGGUGAGAAUUUAAAUACUAAUGGAAUGUUUCAAAGGUUUUAUUCAAACCACAAAUUAUAGAAUCCACCCAAGAAAAUUUUCUUCUUAACAUUCUGGAAUUCUCAUCUAAUGGUUCACUGGCUCUCAUCUAUUGUUUAACUCACUAGUUUAUAGUCUUGACCUUUUAAAUUCCUGGGAUAAAUUUUGGAAUAUUAAAUUCUUUGUGUUUAAAGGGAAUUUGUAAUGUGCUAUUCAAAGUCGUUUCCUUGAUGAACCCUGAAAUCCUGUUGACAUUAACUCUCAUAAGUGAAGCAUAACAUUUAUUAGUUCAGAGAAAUGGUAGAUGAAAUGUUCUUUGCAUCCACUUUUUUGUGUGUGGUACUAAUUUCCAUUAUGACUUUGCAAUUUCAGGAAAAUUCCAAAGUAGCUGAUUAACACCUUAAAAUUUAAUACUUAUUUGAAAAACAGAUGGCAGAUUUAAAAAAUCAUGAAAGUUGGCCAUGGUAAUAAUUUUGGAUUUAAUCCUUUUAAAUUUUUUAAUUAGUUUCCUUUUUCUGGUAAGGGUUGAUAUGUGCUAUUGAUAUUAUUCAUUAAAUUCAUAUUCUUACAGCAAUAACAUGGGAAUCAUUUCCAUAGGAGGUAAUUUCCAUAGCAACUAAUCAUAGUGACCUAAACAGGAUUAUGAAAUCAAGUGAGGAAUAAAUAAUAAGAGGAUGAAUAUCAAAUAAAAGAAUUCAUUUUUUUAUAACAACACUUCUUGUAAACAAGACGGAAAUAGUUUUUAAAAAUCUAAUCAGAAUUUCCAAAUAAAAGUUUCCAUAAGGUGUCAGCAGCAGCACUAAAAAUAUCAAAUCACACUGAACCCUAAAUGUCAUUGCAAGUAAAAAUAUAAAAAAUUACUGCCCUGUGUAUAAUCUCUGGAGAUCUUUUUAAAGCUAGGAAGAGCUCUAUUUGGAUCAGAGCUACAUUAUUGCAAAAUAAAAUGAACACUUGACCAAAAAAAGAUUAAUUUAAAUGAAGUCUUCGUUAUUUUUAGAUAGCGCUCUUUUUUUUUUAUUUGUAGAGCAUGAUGUAACUGCCAGAUUACUUAGAACCUGACAAAAGAUCUCUUGCGACUAAUGUCACCAGGGCAGACAUAGCAUUUAGUGAGAAGAAAGUGACCUAAAAAGCUCAUUAUUUUUUCUACUGGAAGGGUCUCAUAAAUUUCUGUUGUGAUUGCCAUUUCAUUAAAUGAUAUAUUCAAAACCUAAAGGACAUUAUUAUUUGAAUUUUUUACUUUUUAAUAUCACUGCUGUUAUUGACACCAUUUAUGAUUGUCAUUGCCACUAAAUUUUUCAGCUAGAAGAUGCUGCAGGCAAAAUUGUUUCUGAUAUUGGCAUCUAAGCAUUCCUUCUUUUUUUCCUAAUUGAUGCUUUCCUUUAAUACAAACCAGUAGUAAAACUUCAAAUCAUAUUUCUCCUGAUGUAAUUAUACAGAAAGAAUUUAAGUUGUACAGGAAAGACAACUUAUUCAUUAUCUAGCAGUUGUGUUCUCAGAAGGGAACUUUUGAACCAGGUCUGAAGUCCUUCCUAGAACCAUUCAGGUGAAGCCUGCUGGUGCUCCACCCCAUCCCUGCUCACCCCCACUUCCCCACAUUAUUCUAUUUCUGGGAACUCAUCUUCCCAUAUAUAUGUUAGAGUCUUUAAAAAUCAGCCAGCAAUCUUCAGCUGCAUCUUUUUCUUAUUAAUUAUAUUGGUACAUUUAAGGUAUACAAUAUAAUGACAUUCAUCAUUGGAAAUUUGCAUGUUUACAUAAUCCAUUUUGGUUCUUAUUUUUUCCCCAUUCCCCUGCCCUCCCUUCAACCCCUCCACCCCUCCCUAUCUACAAAGACUUUGUUUCCAUUUUUUCUUUUUUCUCAUAUAAAUUCCAUUCUUUUCUUUCUUUUCCCCUCCCCCUCCCAUUUCCCUGUCUUUUGAUUAUUGUGCCCAUUAAAUGAUAGUUUACCUGCCCCCUAAAAAGGAAAGUUAUAAUACAAAGUUGGAUUUUGUUUCUUCUUUCUCUCUUUUCUGUCUCUCCCACUACCAUUUUCCUUCUUUUACAGUGUUAAAAAAAAAUCUAAAAAUACCGAGUUAAAUGCUGUCAAGGUGUUCAUCAGAAAUAUUUGUUUUCUUAUUUUCUGAACCAGAAGUUACGAUAGAAAUAUGCCAUGUAACAUGAAAGGUUUCUGCUUUUUUAUGAGCUGGCUUUUCACAUUCCUUGUUUGCCUUUUUAAUUUGUCUCUGGAUGUAUAAAGACUAUAAACUUGAAACAGUUUGCUGUCAUGUCUUUAUAUUAUAAUUAGAGAAGCAUAUAGGAAAAAUAGAUAUUUUAUGAUAUAAUUUUGAUAAUUUGAAGAUAAUGUCUUAGACAAUUAUAUUUACAUUUCAAGUUCUAGAAUACAAAUUUCUUACAAUAGCAUUUAAGAUAGUAUUAUUUUUAAUUGCUACAAAAUAAUUAUUUUAACAUCUUGCAAGGACAAAGAAUAUUUUUCAUUAUAAAUGCACAUUUCCUAAGGUAAAUAUCAAGCAUGACAGGCCUUGCUGAGUUUUGUUAAAUCCUCCUUAACUCUCUGCGUUGCCCCCAAACUUCUUUUAAAUGGAUGUGAAUGUAUCUGGAAAACUAAAUCCAUUUAUUAUAAAGGCCUUAUCUUUACCCUUUAGAAUACCAUUAAAUAACACUCUGGUUUCUCUUCAGAUCAUAUAAAUCUUUCGGCUUUUAGAAUACCAUUAAAUGUAUUUUACCUGGUACUAUUUAUUAAAAAUGGAAGCUUCCGUGAUUUAGAGACAACUCAUGUAAGGUAGGUUAAGCAGUCAAGUAUUUCUUUAGGCUUAUGGGCAGCACCUCAGCCACCUACUGUGAAGUUAAUUAAUUCAGUCCAAAAUGAAAUUAUAGGGCAGUUUGGUGCAGUUAUGUUAAAUGCCAUUCAAAUGUAAUCAUCUGUGUUACCACAAAUGAGAAAAAACCAUAUUAGAUAGAAAAUGCUAUACCAGGAACAAGAAGAAAAAUGCUUUUGCAGGAAAAAAAAUCUCUUCCUCUGGUCAGAAUUUGUCAAAACUCAAUUGCUUUUUCAAAGAGUGAAUUAUUGAACAGUAAUUAAGCUUUAAUUAAUCAUCAUUUAUGUUCUAAUAAUUGUCCUCAUUGUUCUAUUAGUCUUAAACUAUAAUGUAAAUAGAGUUAACUUUCUGACUUACAUUUCAAGGCAUUAUUCUUUUUAAAUGUUUACAUGUUCAUAUUUACUUCAUUAUAAUAAUAGCCAUAUGAAAACUAUUCUGGAUUAUGCAUUUUCCUAGUUAAUCCUGGGAAAAAUAUUACCUUUUAGUUUUUAAAAGACAGAAUUUCAUUUGAAAAUAUACUAGGGUACUGUUUUCUGACAUGCUUGUGUAAUUAGCAUUGUUUACAAUUUUGUUAAUGUGUAUAAAAUUUCUGGAUUAAAAGGUACUAAUUGUAUCAUAGGCAUAUUUGUUUAAGCAUAUUUGUUGAGACAUAUCUGGUAAAGAACCCUAAGUCAUGUGAUAAAGAGUUCUGCACAUUACAGAAACUGAUUCAUGACGAUAUUUUCUAACAUAUUUCCUUAGAAUCUUCUUCUGAGCUAGACUGGUAGAAGUAGACAGUAUGGUAGAAUCAUUUUAGGGAAAGACUUAUGUAGUAGCUGGCUACUUCUUAGAAGACUAAUGCUCUGAACACCUUGGCAUACUUAACACUUAUUUAAUUGUUUGUAUAUUAUCCUUCUUAAAGUGUAUGCAGUCUUAAAAAUCCUUUGAUGUAACCUUAUUUUGAGGUCAGUGAUGUAGAAUUUCUACAGAGUAAGUCACUGUGAAAAGCAAUUUGUGUACCUAGUAUAUUCAGUCACUGUUAGACACAAGGAGACUUAUUUUAAUUCACCUCCCUCAGUAAUGAUUUUUUUUUUUCUCGUGGAGCACUUAGGAAAGGGAGUUGGAGGUUGGCACAGGAAUGACCAGCCCUAGCUCAGUUAUAUUCAACAUUUACUUAUAAGUCUGUAGUAUGAUUAGAAAUAUUUGACAUUUCUUUUUAGAAAAAAAAACUUUCCUUUCUCUAAAGAGAGGAGCUAAUCAGUAUACUUAGAUAAACAAAAUACCUUAAAGUUCAGUUAAGAAAAAGAAAAACUAUUUCAGAAAUGUUUAAAAUAUUUUCCUUUUUCUGAGUAUAGGAAAAAAUAACAAUCCUGACGUGUUUGAUACUUAAGUAAAUUAUACUGAAAAUUGUUUUUCAGUUGCAAUAGUUUGCUUUUAAGAGGUAUGGGAAUCUGUUAAUGUAACUAUUAAAUGAGAAAAAGGUUGGAAAGAUUAUAUAUAUUCAUAAUCAUGCUGUAUCACAAGCAUUUUUCAAGAUCAACAUAAAUUUUGUUGAAAGUGGAUACUUUUCUUUGUUAUUUCAAAACAUUUUUGGUUUUUGUCUAUUGUA